CGAAAGGUGCACUACCAUGGUUCUGCUCCGGCAACCUUGCGGUCUACGAAGGAAAAUUUCUCAAACUUUCUCUAUUUUCCGCGAGUUAAAAGCCCAGAGAGCGAGCAGUCACGUAGCCAUGGAUCCCGUCGAGAGUGCCAAGAAAGCCGCCGCAUUUAAGGCCGUUGACACGCACAUAAAGAAUGACAACAGAGUAGGCAUAGGGAGUGGAUCAACUGUAGUUUAUGCAGUGGAGAGAUUAGCUGAACGAGUCCACAAAGAUGGCUUGAAGGUUGUUUGCGUCCCCACCUCUUUUCAAGCUCGUCAGCUCAUUGUAAACAAUAAUCUGACUCUCUCUGAUCUCGAGAUAACUCCAGAGUUGGAUGUCGCAAUUGAUGGUGCUGAUGAAGCCGACGCUGACUUGACGCUGAUCAAAGGGGGUGGAGGAUGCCAGCUGCAGGAGAAGAUUGUGGCAGCUGCGGCAAAACUCUUUGUUGUGAUUGCAGACUACAGGUAAGGUUUGUGUUAUAAGGAAGGGGUCCCCAUUGAAGUAGUCCCCAUGGCAUACCGACCUGUUCAGUUGAAGAUUGAGUCGACAUUGGGGGGAAAGGCUCUCCUUCGGCAGGCGAAGUCCAAAGCUGGUCCAGUGGUGACAGAUAAUGGUAACUUCAUUUUGGAUUGGGUAUUUGAUGGGAAACACAACUGGAGUGAAGUUAAUCAACAGAUCAUGAUGAUACCUGGUGUUGUAGAGACUGGUCUAUUUGUGAACAUGGCCAAAAUUGCAUAUUUUGGAAUGCAAGAUGGUUCUGUUAAGGAGCGUGCUGUUUAGAAGAAUCAAGAUGUUGGUAAACCUGUCAAAUGCUGAUAUUGAAGUCGCAAACAUUCCAUUUAACUUUAUUUAUAAUGAUGGGGAUUAGUGGACACGUGCUGGAUCAAACUGAGCUUUUUUUCUUCCCUUUUCUUAAAUGCAGAAAAAACUACAAUAUGUCCUUGUGCUUGUGUUUAUAUAUAUAUGCAUGGAAAUAAAGGGAGUCCAUGACAGUAUAAGAAUUUUUCAAGCUUGAUUUUUUUCAUGCUAUUGUACACAAUUUUAAUCCUGAAUAUGGAAAAGAGUAUGGAAAUCUUAUUGUUUUGUGUUCAGAGUUUCGAAAGUGAAAAGACAGGUAUAUGAUAUGUAUAUAUUUGUACUGUGGUAAAUGUUUGUUGUCAUAGCUGUGUCCACACAAAUAUAAAGCUGGUAUAUAUUUGUCAUGAUCACUUUGAAUCUGAACACCCUUUUAGUUCAUUCAUAACAGAUGAAAAUGUUUUAUGUCAUAAAUCUUUGUAAAAGAUAUAUAUAUAGAGAGAGAGACAAUGGGUAUAUACUAUUUGACUUCAGUUACUCCAAUGUUAUUUUGAAUAUGAAAUGAUAUAUUCAAAGUUUAUGUUUUUGUACCACAGAAUAAAUAUAAAAUUUGUUGA